AUUCUUUUUGCAUUCAAUCAAUAAAUUAAAUUUAACAUUUCUCAAUAUUAAAUUGCCUAUAGCGACCUUUUCCCAAAUGAGCCUUAAAAAAGAGCGGUGGACACUCCACCACUCCACACACGUACUACCAAAAUUCCAUAGUUAUUUUCCUUGGUAUCUGAUGGCUACUGCUUCUCUGCUUCUACUUCUGCUUCUCGCGGCGGCUGCUCGCUCCAGUGCGACGUGGUGCGUUUGCAAGCAGGGCGUGAGCGACGCCGUGUUGCAGAAAACUCUGGACUAUGCGUGCGGAUCCGGGGCGGACUGCAACCCGAUCCGUCAAAGAGGGUCAUGUUUCAGCCCUAACACCGUUAGGGCUCACUGCAACUACGCCGUCAACAGCUAUUUCCAGAGGAACCGUCAGGCGCCGCUCGCUUGUGAUUUCACCGGCACUGCUGCCGUCGUCAAUUCUGACCCUAGUACUGGUGGCUGUGCUUUUCCUGCUACUGCAAGUGUUACUUCAACUACAGCUCCCACAGUCACAACGCCCAAUGGAGGCUCGCCUCUCGUAACAACACCUACGACUGGAGCAUCAGGAGGUGCAAACAAUGGUUUAGGAUUCAACAAUAAUUUAAAUGUUGGGAUAAUUUUAGUUCCUAAAUGCAUUCUCAUCUACUUACUCUUGAUUUUAACUAUUUUCGGACUUUGAUGGAAUUGAGAAGCUUGUCAAUUUACAUCAUAUGGUGAAGAUCACUUUUAAAAUGGAGUAUAAAUAAUAUUUUAUUUCUGUUUA